CUAAAAAAAAAAAUUGAAUCGUGAAUGUUUAUUAAGUGGUUUUAUUUCUAAGCGUUCUUUCUUUAUUUGUCUAAAAUUAUCACGAAUACUUUUAUUGCUUAUUGUAUUUUCUAAUUAAGGACAUGGAAGACGAGUUGGAGGAUAGAGUUUUGCAUCAGACGUAUUUGUCUUUCAUGAAGAUCUUGUCACGUUUUACGAGCAGUGUUCCGUUUGAUACUCCUGUGAGCUAUUUAUGGAAAAUGGUCAGACUUUAUUUACUACGAUCGGACGUUGUCGUUUUCACACUUGGUCUUAUAAUAUUUUUCAUGUAUUUACAAACAAUUGAGCUAUGGAGUCGCACGAUUCUCAGCAGAUUAUCUCAGGCCAUGAGCCCUAUAAGUGCAGUUCAACGUAUGAAGUUCAUGGAAGGUUCUGAGGCCGAUAAGCAAAGCUGGGAGUUAAAGGGCACGUUAAGCGCUGCUUAUGCAAUCAAAGGUAGAAGAAUGCACAUGGAAGAUAGAUUUAUCAUCAAUGAAAAUAUCAACAGUACAGGAAUUUCAUUAUUUGCAAUAUUUGAUGGACACGGUGGAGAGUUCGCCGCCAAUUAUGCUAAAGAUCACUUAAUUCAAAAUCUUUUUAAUAAAAUUAUAGAAUUAAAUGCAUUUAAAGAUGGCAAAACAAUCAGUACACCAGUAAAAGAAAGUCCAGAGGAGCCAAAGGAAGAGAGUAAUGUGAAUGUUGAAAGAAAAACUAGCUUUAAAAAGUCUGUAAGUACAGCCGAUGAUACAUCUAAAAAAGAAAUAACAGAUCCUGAACUAUUAGCUCAACUUUCUAAGGCCAGGCCGAUCACAAGAGAAGUGAGACCAACCGCUAAACCUGUAAAAAAUGUUGCUAUACCUUUAUCAAGCUACUUAGAUAAAGGUAAAAUAAAUUUUGGUAAGCUUCUAACAGAUGAGGUACUUGCAGCUGAUAGAUUGCUUGUAGAAGCUGCAAAGCGUUCAAUGAAUGUUGCUGGUACAACUGCUCUAAUUGCUAUAAUGGAAGGUAAUCAUCUGAUUGUUGCAAAUGUCGGUGAUUCUAGAGGUGUGAUGUGUGAUUCGCGCGGCAAUGCCAUUCCUGUCUCUUUUGACCAUAAACCACAACAGGUCCGUGAACAGAAAAGGAUUGAAGCGGCUGGAGGGUAUAUUGCUUUUAAUGGUGUCUGGAGAGUGGCAGGUAUCCUGGCAACAUCUCGUGCGAUGGGAGACUAUCCUCUAAAGGACAAAAAAUUUGUUAUUGCAGAUCCUGACAUUCUCACUUUUAAUUUAGAUGACCAUAAGCCAAUGUUUUUAGUGCUUGCUUCAGAUGGUCUAUGGGAUACAUUCUCAAAUGAAGAAGCAGUUAAAUUCAUAAAGGAACGAUUGGAUGAACCAGAUUAUGGUGCUAAAAGUUUAACACUUCAAGCUUAUUAUAGAGGAUCAGUUGACAACAUAACAGUUUUGGUUAUAAAUUUCUUGCAUAACCAGAUUACUACAGCUUCUGUGAUCCAGUAAUUUUUCAAAGUGAUAUUUAAAGUACUAUCACUCUUUGAAAAAUACUUAUUAACCUGAUACUGGUAUAUAUUGGAGUGUCCAUUGCCUUACCAUGGAUGUGUCAUGGAAAGUUUACAACCUAACCUUGAAGUGUCUUUGACUGUCUUCAAACAAUGAUACUAAAAUUUAUAUUUUUUACCAUAUUUGCAAUACAAAUUAUGUAAUAGUAAAGUCUGUGCAGGUAAAUGAGUGUACCAUGUUCUAAAUUUUACAUGACAACAAAUAGUAUAAUUCUGGCUGUACUUAUAAUGGGAUAUUGUCUAGUGCUUAACUCUGCAUUUACAACAAAUAUACAUAUGUAGAGUAUAUGUUCACAUUAACUAUAUAAAUAUAUGUCUGUAUGUGUGUGUGUGUGUGUAAUCUAAAUAUAUAAAAAUUCUGUGUCACAAUGCUCAUUUACAAUAAUCUCUGAAACCAUUCUAUUGGAUUUAAUAAAAUUUUAUAAAUGUGUGUUUUAGAUCCAACUUUGGAGAUAGGAUAGAUUUUAUAGAUAAGUAGGGUUGAAACAAUGUUUUUUAUGACAAAUAUAACAACAACAACAACAAUAAAUGACAAAAACUGAUAUUGCAGACUUAACAUGUAAACAAAAACAUAUUGUAAGUAAUACAGAAGCCACUAUAACCUAUCAUAGAUUUUUGUAAAGACUGGUAUGGAGCAAAAACAAUUGUUAAACAUGCAUGAUACACAGUAAUGUAGAAUUUAAUCUUUCAUGUAUUUUAAUAAGAGAUGUGACAAUAUCCUAUUAUGUGCAGCUGAUCCAAAUUUUAAUGUUACCAAUAAGAGAAAUUAGUUCCUACAUUAUCUGCCAUAGAAGGAUUUAGUUUUCGCUAUCGGAUUUUGAUAAUUUAUUUUCGCGAUUGUGAUGUAUCAAAUACUAAUCGUUACUUAUUGUGCAUUGAUGAUAAUUUCCAUUUUAUUAUUAGUUUUUGUGACAAGUUAGUGUUCCAUACUAUAGAUAUUUGUAUAUAAAUUUCAAGCGUCCAUCCAUGUUUGUCAGCUCAUAUUGUUAUAUUUUUAAAUACCGACUUCGAUAGUUCAAAUGUAGUACUUAUGCAUACUGGUUGAUGUGAUCUUUCAAAAAUAAACUACAUAUGUACUUGUUGUGCUCUAUCUUGUUGUAGUAGUUUGAUAUCGGGAUCUAGAUUGUUUUCAGUAGUCCUUUAUUGUAGGAACAACAAAUUAUACUCCUUUGCAAAAAAAGUGGGGAACUUAGGGUCAACAAAUCACUCGUUCUAUCCUUUUGUUUUAAUGUAUGGGAACUUACAAUUUAUUAAAAUAAAUAUUCUGUUGAAUAAAGCUGCACUGCUUUUAAAGAAAAAAGAAGUUAGUUUAUUACAAAUUAAGGGCCUACAAAUUAUUGAAUAUAGAUAGAUACUAUUUAUUGUUUGUUGUUGUCAAAAGAUUACAUUAGUAAACUUUUAACUCAGACUUUAACUCAGAAAAGAUUACACUAAGAAAACAAUGAAGCCUUAUCGCUGAGAGUGAUUUCUUCCAGUCAACCUUUGGAUGGAAAAGAGUAAUUAUGAACAUUUCGGCCGAAGGCACGAAACUUUGAUAUUUUUUUAAAUACAUAUAGAGAAUUAAUACAUUUAAUAAUGUGAAUAUAUAAAUAUACAUUUUAACUUACUGAUACAUAAUAAAUCUACAUAUGUAUACAUACAAAUUCAAACACAUAAGUAUGUUGUUAAAAAAAUAAUAAGAAUAUGAGUAUACUAAUCAAACAAAUUAAACAUAUGACAAGUUGCCCACAUAAAAGUCCUUAACUUUUGUUUUAAAACUAGGUAAAUAUUGUAUAUUUCGUACAGAGGUUGGUAUAUGUUGGUAAUAGCUUGCACAGUAAACGAUUUGUCAUAAAAACUUCUGAAACAUACUGGUUCAAGCCAUGCAAUUUCGAGCACACCUCAAUUAUUCAAUAUAGUUUUUGCUGCAUGUUACUUUCAACUCUAUUAGUCAUCUAACAGUUGUUUUAUCUUAUUACAAAAGUAUCUAUUUUUUGCAUGGGAGUGUAUGAAUAAAAUAUCCUAUAGACCAUAUAACAUAUAUGAUACAUUAUGCAUAGAUAAACAGCAAUCGUUCGUUUCUCGUGAACCACACACGUUUGUUGUCAAUUUUCUAGGCCAACUUCGUUGUCCACGAAGGUCUCUACUGUGGCUUAUCGAAAGACGGCUUUACGAGCACUUCGAAACACGAACAAGUCACAAUCAUUUUUAAAUGAUCCAAAUAUGACUUGACGUCUGCACCAGACAAUCAAAAUCAUAAUAUUAUCAACAUAAUUUUUUUAUAAACGUAACAGUACCUAUUUUUGUCCAUUGUUGUUUAUAUAAAUAUACCUGUAUAUGUACAUAAAAACUAAUAGCUUAUGUAAAACUUUUACCUUUUAAAAUUUAUCGUAAAAUUGUGAAUUUUAUGUAAAUAGUUACGUCCAGUAUAAAAAAACCUAUUAACAAGAGUAAUAUUUUUGAAUGUUAAAUUGUAUAAAAAAAAAUAUUUUUUGAAAUCGAAAAAUUUGAAUUUAUGUAUGGUUGUGAUGUGGACACAGAUAUUUCAUAAAUGUUGUAUUUUAAUGCUGUAUAGAAAAAUGCUAAGUAUUUACAUUAAUUUUGUUUUGUUAUAGAAUAUAUUCUAUACUGAGUAAUUAAAUGUCGAUGGGAGAUAUAUCGCCAAAAUACAAUUUGUUAUAAUUAUGUAUUACACAAACUACGUACAUGUUAUAUUACUAGUUAAUCUUGCCUCAAUAGUUUCUCUAAUAAGUACGUUAGUAAAGAAAAAUUGUGUGAGUGACAUGAAUGACAAGUUGUCGAAAGAAGACAAGAGGCCAUUGUAAAUGUAAAUCUGAUAUUAAAUUAAAAAGAAAUCGUAGUAAUUAUUUGGUGCAUUUACUGUGCUGGUCCCUAGAACGAGAAAAGGGCUCAUAGCAUGUUGUAUGUACCUACAGUUAUUUUUGAGCAUUUGUUUUCUUUAGCUAAAUAUGGUUUUAUAUUUUUUAUAUGAUUAGCAGAAUUGCACUUAUUAUCUGUUAACUAGUCUAUUUGUGCAAUAUUUUAUUGUACCUUUAUUUUAUAUUUUUCGCCAUUUAUAAUUGUGUACCUACAAGUUUUACGUAUUAUUGAAACAAAUUGUUAUUAAUCGAUUCGAUGUAUGAUUUUUUACUUUGGCAAAUUUUUAAGUCAUGUCUCCUUUAUUAAUUACUCUAAUCAAGGUAAUAUACUCAAUAAACUUACAAAUAUAUUGUUACUUUUUCUGAAGCCGACUUCAGUGUUAACUGUAGAGUGAACGUUGAUUACUUACAUAUCUACUAAGGUGUAAUAUUUUGACCUUAUAAACCAUAUUUAAUUCCAAACUCAAAACUUAGUUUAGAUGAAAGUAAAUCCUGUAAUUUAUUUCUAUUUGUCUUACUUUAGAUUUUGCAAUGUAGGUACAAACAUUUGUAAUUUCGAAAAAUUCUGCACUCUGUGUAAAUACUAAUUUACGAAAAUAUUUUUUUAAUAAGGAGUCAACAGUUACUUCUAUUGUAGGAAGCUAAGCCGAAAUAUUAUAAAUAGCCAAAAACAUUUUUUUAAUAAAUUCAGUUUGUAAUUUUAUGGUGCCAAAUUUAUGGCUAAUUAGACUAGGUAUUAGUCUUUAUUUUAUUGCAACAGAAAAACCUUUUUUUAAGUACCUUUAUUACGUAAUGUCCCUAAUUUGUUUAAUUAAUGAGCGUCCUUAAUAUUAUUAUUACAGCAUAGUGUUAUGCUAUGUUAAAUGCCAUAAUAAAUUGUUAGUCAAUUUUUAAAUAUCAUAAAAUAGCUUUAUAAGUAAAUAUAAUUUUGGUGAACUUGAACGAUGUAAUAAUUGUUUGAUUAUUCUUUAAAAACAACAAAAACAUCUCAAGGGCUUUUGUAUAUGACGCUGUGCAAUAUUAUGUGUUUUGAAACACCACGUUUUUUAGCACUCAUAUGAAAGAGCCCUAAUGGUUUCAAUUGGAAUCUACCUGCUAUCAGACUACCUAUUUUAUUAACAGCGGUUUAGAGUUUUUAUAUUGUAUUGUAAAAUCUUUAUUAUACAUACUUUAUAUUGUUUUUAUUUCGAAUACUUAGACAUCUAAAUUAUAUGUGUCAUUUAAUUUCAAUCUUUAGUUCUUAAAGGUAUAUAUCUAUCUAUCGUACUUUUUAAUCUUGUAAAUUCUUUCCAUUAGCUGUCUAUGGCUGUAAACCAUUAUGCUAUCUCGUUACCGUUUCAAAACUAGGGCUUGGUAUCUCACGUAGUCGGUAGAGGUAUAGAAAUCGCAACAUAUCCAAAUGCUCAAUGUGAAGCAAACAUCGAGAAAAUUUGCCCCUGUACUCGUAUAUUGUUACAACUUUAGAAUUCUCAUACAAAUAGGUAUUAUAUUGGCGACCCUGAUGUCUCUGUGUAAUAUGAUAACACACGUAAUAUGUACCUAAAUGUCCUGAUUGCGUGUUAACAUAAUUCUUAAUGCUUCAUGUUAUAAUUAUUUGUUCUACCAAAGAAAAAGUACAUAAAUAAAUGUAAUGUGUAAUAUUCAAUUUAUUACUGA